GCAAAGUCCUCCUUUACUCCACACACGCUUCUAAGCCUCGGCACAUCUCCUCACAUCGCUACUAACUACACUUUAUUCAUCCUCCGUGUCAGGAUAAACUCCACUCGUCUCAGUCAACUUUGGAGAUUAUUAGGCCUGCUUAGCUUGCUAGUUGUUUUAGCGUGCUAGUUAGCUUAGCGUGCUAGUUAGCUUAGCAUGCUAGUUAGCUUAGCCUGCUAGUUAGCUUAGCUUGCUAGUUGUUUUAGCGCGCUAGUUAGCUUAGCUUGCUAGUUGUUUUAGCGCGCUAGUUAGCUUAGCGUGCUAGUUAGCUGCUAACAAAGAGACGCGGAUUUGAUAAAAACAUCGCUUAGUUAAGAUCAAGUGUGAGUGUAAAGUGUUGUGAUUGUGUGAAAAUGUCCGAAAGAACGAUAGCAGAGUACAAAGAGGAACUUUCUCGGACAAAAGAAGAGAACAAGAGACUACGUCAACUACUUGAGGCUGUUUUCAAGAAACCUCAAGUUGUGUUACACAGAACAGACGUCUGUAAAGAACAUCUUCACCCUGAGCAACAGAAGUGGAGCUUCAGGAUGAGGACGGAGGACCCACAGCCCUCUCACAUUAAGAAGGAAGAGGAAUAUGCACUGAUCCCCCAUUUUAAAAAGGAUGAGGAGGACCCACUGACACACCAUUUUAAAAAGGAAGAGGGGGACCCACCGACACACAAUUUUAAAAAGGAAGAGGGGGACCCACCGACACCCCAUUUUAAAGAGGAAGUGGUAGAUCCACUGACACCCAAUUUUAAAGAGGAAGAGGAGGACCCACUGACACCCAAUUUUAAAGAGGAAGUGGUGGAUCCACAAAGCCCUCACAUUAAGGAGGAAGAGGUGGAUCCACUGACACCCCAUUUUAAAGAGGAAGAGGAGAACCCACUGACACCCCAUUUUAAAGAGGAAGUGGUGGAUCCACAAAGCCCUCACAUUAAGGAGGAAGAGGUGGAUCCACUGACACCCCAUUUUAAAGAGGAAGAGGAGAACCCACUGACACCCCUUUUUAAAGAGGAAGUGGUGGAUCCACAAAGCCCUCACAUUAAGGAGGAAGAGGUGGAUUCACUGACACCCCAUUUUAAAGACGAAGAGGAGGACCCACUGACACCCCAUUUUAAAGAGGAAGUGGUGGAUCCACUGAGCCCUCACAUUAAGGAGGAAGAGGAGGACCCACUGAGCCCUCACAUUAAAGAGGAAGACCCUUUGACCCCUCACAUUAAAGAGGAGGAACACAGCAUCAGUCAGCAGGGAGAGCAUCUUGAAGGACUGGAGGAGGUUGAUGUCACCAAGAUGCCAGUGACUGGUGUCCCUGUGAAGAGUGAAGAUGAUGAGGUCAAAGGUGAAAGUGAGGAGAAGAGAGAGGCGGAGCCUCCAAGCAGCAGCUCAACUCAACACAUGACAACAGAAGCUGAUGGAGACCACUGUGGAGGAUCACAAGCAGACAAGCUCUUAGCUCCACUAUCAGAUAGUGAGGACACAACGUCACACUCUCCUGACACUGAUGAUGAAGACUCUAAAGAUGAUAAGACAUGUCACACUGACAACACACACUUCACAUGUUCUCACUGCGACAAAACCUUUAAAUACCAUUGUUAUCUGAAAAGCCACAUGAGAAAGCACACUGGUGAAAAACCUUUUUCAUGUUCAAUCUGCUGUAAAGAUUUUACUCAUAGGCACGAUUUGAAAAUACACAUGAGAAAACACACUGGAGAAAAACCUUUUUUCUGCUCAGAAUGUGGUAAAAGUUUUGCAGUAAGUCACCAUUUAAAAGAACACAUGAGAACACACACUGGAGAAAAACCUUUUUCCUGCUCAGUAUGUGGUAAAAGUUUUGCAGUAAGUCACCAUUUAAAAGAACACAUGAGAACACACACUGGAGAAAAACCUUUUUCCUGCUCAGAAUGUGGUAAAAGUUUUGCACAAAGUCACCAUUUAAAAAAGCACAUGAGAACACACACUGGAGAAAAACCUUUUCCCUGCUCAGAAUGUGGUAAAAGUUUUGCAAUAAGUCAAAGUUUAAAAGCACACAUGAUAACACACACUGGAGAAAAAACGUUUUCCUGCUCAGAAUGUGGUAAAAGUUUUGCACAAAGUCACCAUUUGAAAGCACACAUGAGAAUACACACUGGAGAAAAACCUUUUUCCUGCUCAGAAUGUGGUAUAAGUUUUGCAAAAAAUGUAAGUUUAAAAGUACACAUGAGAACACACACUGGAGAAAACCCUUUUUUAUGUUCAAUCUGCUGUAAAGAUUAUACUCAUAGGCACGAUUUGAAAAUGCACAUGAGAAAACACACUGGAGAAAAACCUUUUUCCUGCUCAGAAUGUGGUAAAAGUUUUGCAGUAAGUCAAAGUUUAAAAGCACACAUGAGAACACACACUGGAGAAAAAACUUUUUCCUGCUCAGAAUGUGGUAAAAGUUUUGCACAAAGUCACCAUUUCAAAGCACACAUGAGAAUACACACUGGAGAAAAACCUUUUCCCUGCUCAGAAUGUGGUAAAAGUUUUGCAGUAAGUCAAAGUUUAAAAGCACACAUGAGAACACACACUGGAGAAAAAACUUUUUCCUGCUCAGAAUGUGGUAAAAGUUUUGCACAAAGUCACAAUUUCAAAGCACACAUGAGAAUACACACUGGAGAAAAACCUUUUUCCUGCUCAGAAUGUGGUAAAAGUUUUGUAAAAAAUGUAAGUUUAAAAGUACACAUGAGAACACACACUGGUGAAAAACCAUACUCCUGUUCAAGCUGCAACAAAAGCUUCCUUUACCUAAACACUCUUACAGUACACAUGAGAACACACACAGGUGAAAAACCAUACCCCUGUUCAAGCUGCAACAAACGUUUUCGUUACCUAAAAACUCUUACAGUACACAUGAGAACACACACAGGAGAGAAAGUGUUGAGUUGCAGUGUGUGUGGUGAAAGAUUCUCAUAUAAGUACCAGUGUAAGAAACACAAGUGUGCUGGUGAGAACAGCAGCAGCAAGUGAAGAUGCAGGAUUUGAAAUAAACUGUCAAAACUUUAACUUUGAUUUUCUAACAACAUCAGCACAUAUAACAUGUGUGACAUCAUUGUUGUGUGUGUAACACAAUCUUGUUAAUAUGAUUCUAACAUUUAUAGAUUAGACACUUCAGAUUAGUGCUUUUAUUUCAGUCAAGUACAUGAGUUAAUAUACACAUUUGUGUACUUUAAAAUGAACAGAACAAUUUGACUGAAAAGGUGAGAAUAAACAGUACAUAAAAUAUGUUACAUACAAUAAACAUUUUAUGUGUAGAUAUUCACAAUACACUUGUAUACGUAUUCAUAAUAGUGUUUUAUAUAUGUUUUUUGAAAUAAUGAAGGGUUACAUCGACGUCCCACUGGGGUGAGUUUUUCCUUGCCCGUAUGUGGACUCUGUACCGAGGAUGUCGUUGUGGCUUGUACAGCCCUUUGAGACACUUGUGAUUUAGGGCUAUAUAGAUAAACAUUGGUUGAUUAAUACAUAUUUUAUUUUCUAAUUGUAGAUGAUUCCAUAGAUGAACUCCUUUAUAUGAUAUACAUAUUUGUUUUACAUGUGUUCAUACCUUUGCUUUUGAGUACACAUAAAUCCCUCUUAGUUCAUAUUUACUGGUUCACAUCUGAAACAUCUUCUGGACCACUUCUGGAAGCAUAUUAUUAUUUACUUUAUACAUCAUUUGAGCAGUUGUCUUUUAUACAAGAUCAUUUACUUUUAAAAUGUGUGACUUUAUGAAUCAUUUGUUGGGUCUCUAUAAUCCAUUCUGUUAAUUAUCUUUAUUAAUCUCUUUUGUAAUAUGAAUAUUGUUGUGUGAUUGUUUUAUAUGUAUGUCCCCAGACCUUUAUGCAAUAAACAAUGUAUGCUUCAACUAAAGUUGGGUACAAUAAUUGUAGCUAAUAUUUGUAAGUAUGUAUUUUAUUCUAUUUAGUAUUGCACUCCAUUUUUUUAAUGU